AUGGCAGUGAAGGGACCUUCUGUUCGUGUGGCUGAUCCAUGUUAGAUUGCGGUCAAAUUCAGUGCACUGUUGAGCUUGAGCACUGUUUGAAGAGUUGCUGAGCACAGAGAUGUAAGUAGUUUGAGAGAACCAAUGGCUAGGAGCAUACACACACAGAAAUAUUGCUUACAUGUAGAGUAUUUAUUCAUGCAUCACUAAUCCCAUUCUAGUCCACGUGACUUAGUUUUUAGCUCACUCCUGUAACUGAGAAGAUGAAGAGUUGAAGCUACUCCAGCAACUGGAAGUUCAAUGCGAUGUAAACAAUCAGGCGGUUAAGAGAGAUAGUCCAGCGGGGAAGUAGCUGACCCAGUUUCCAUCCUUAGCACCCCAGAGGGUUCCCUGAGUUCAGUCCCAAGUGAUUGCUGAACAGUCAGGAAUGAGUCUUCAGCACUACUGGACUUCGCCUCAAAAAACAAUGAAUGACACAGAACAUCAUGAACAUCAUGAAUAUCUUAAUGUCAACGCCCAGUGAUUUCUGAUAAACUUUUGCGGGGGAGAAAGUUGGUGGUCCGGGGGCCAGUGCGUGUCCUGGCAGGUGUUAGCAAAGGAAUCUUCGUGAUUUUUAUCCCUCAGUAAAAAGAGUUUCUAUUCUAUAUGUCAUCUGUUCUGUCCCUCACUUUUCUUCUAUCCAGACCUGGCGACCCCCCAAUGUCCGGGUCACCUAUUUCUACCCCAGAAAUGGGAAAAUAAUUAACUUUCCUGAAGCAGAAAAUACCUGGUGAGGAAUACUUGGGGCCUGGCCCUUUAAGGCUUUGACCGCAAAUGCUGGUGACGUCACGGAAUCCGGGUCCUUUUCCCUCUGGAUUUUCCCGUUUGAGGCGGAAGUGCCAGUCAUCCACAUUUCUUACCGAAGGUCUUUGCAUGGAGCCUCCUGCCAAUCUUCGAAAUAACAGGCUGGACACAAUGGUAACACGCACUCUGACAAACUGUCCCCAGGAUGCUUUGACCUUCCCAGACGUGGCUGUGAGCUUCACACCUGAGGAGUGGAUGUGCUUGGAUACCUCUCAGAGAAAGCUCUACAGAGAUGUGAUGCUGGAGACCUACCAGCACCUGCAGGCUGUCGGGCAUUCCGGGGUGAAGCCUGAACUGAUAACCUGGUUGGAAGGAGAAAUCCUGAGGCCAGGGAGGAGAGGCGUGUGUGCAGAUUUCAAACCACAGCUUCAGGAUGUGGCAUGGCUGCAAUUUGAUUUGGGAUCACUGAAUACGAGUGAGCUGGAAAGCAGCCAGCCCCGAUGGGAUGUCUCCGACCGUGCACACUGGGACAAAGUCUCAAGUGAGCAAUCCUGCCUUCAGCCCCAUGGGGAUGCUGAGACAGUUGGAAGUUAUUCUGACGGUGAUCAGAAUGGAGAGAUCUUCCUAGCUCCGAUGAAGCCCUCAUCUGGGAAAAACUCCUCUGAGUAUGUUUUGCUCAAUCCAUGGACACAAACCCCCCCAGUGCGACAUUUCUGGGACUGUGAGAGAGGAGCACUGUUUAUAGCGAGUCCCUCAUGCCAACAGGACCACAAACAGAGUCACCAUGAACAGAACCCAUCCAAGUGUGAGGAGUGUGGUGGAGCCUUCCCAUGUUCUGGGCAUCAUGAGGUUUCCAUAGAAACCUACAGUGGACAGAAUCCCCAGGAAUGUCAACAGCAAAGACAAACAUUGAGUCAAGUGUCACCCCAGCUUGUCCCUCUGAACGUCCACACAGGAGAGAAGCCGGGUACUUGGAAAGAGUGUGAGCAGGCCUUCAAUCAUUCCUCACACCCUAUAAUACAGAGGACAGUUCAUACUGUAGAGAAACCAUAUAUAUGUAAAGAGUAUGGGAAGGCCUUUACCCAACCCUCAAGCCUCAGUUUACACGGGAACACUCAUAGUGAAGAGAGACCUUAUUUAUGCACCGACUGUGGAAAGGCCUUUCUUCACUUCUCAAGCCUUUCUGCGCAUCGGAAAAUUCACUUUCGGGACAAAUCUUAUUCGUGUAAGGACUGUGGGAAGGCUUUUACCUAUUACUCAAACUAUUUCAUACACAAAAAAAUGCACAUUGAACAGAAAUUGUAUAUAUGUAAGAAAUGUGGGAAGGCCUUUGCUCAUUACUCAAACCUUUUGAGUCAUGGGAAAAUUCACACAGGACAGAAGUCAUAUAUAUGUGAGGUCUGUGGGAAAGCUUUCAGCUACCCCUCACGCCUUAUUAGACACAGGGAGAGUCAUAAUAAAGAGAAACCUCAUACCUGUAAGGAAUGCGGGAAGGCCUUUGCUGUUUUUGCUUACCUCUCUGUACACAGAAAAAUUCAUACUGGAGAGAAACCUCAUAAAUGUCAGACAUGUGGAAAGGCCUUCAUUCACUCCUCAGCCCUGACUGUGCAUAUGAGAACUCACAGUGGAGAGAAGCCUUAUAUAUGUCAGGACUGUGGGAAGGCCUUUCGUCGGUCUACAGGACUUACUGAACAUAGGAGAGUUCACACUGGAGAGAAACCGUAUAGUUGUAAGGAAUGUGGGGAGGCCUUCAUUAACACUUACAGCCUUCUUCGACAUAGGAGAAUUCACACUGCAGAGAAACCUUUUGUAUGUGAGGAAUGUGGGAAGGCAUAUUAUUGUUCUGCAAGUCUUCGUUUUCAUAGGAAAAUUCAUGCUGGGGAGAAGCCUUAUGUUUGUAAGGACUGUGGCAAGGCUUUCAUUCAAAAGAGUUCUCUAACUCAACACAGGAAAAUUCAUAAUGAAGAGAAACCUCAUCUAUGUCAGACAUGUGGGAAGGCCUUCACUACGUACUCAGGCCUUAUUCUGCAUCAGGAAACUCAUAUUCAAGGUAAACUUUAUAAAUGUAAGGAAUGUGGAAAGGUCUUCACUCGACCCACCUAUUUUAUUAUGCAUAGAAAAUCUCAUACUGGAGCGAAUCUGUAUGUAUGUCAGGAGUGUGGGAAGACAUUUAUUAAAUCCUCACUGCUUACAGUACACAUGAGAAUUCACACUGGAGAGAAACCGUAUAAAUGUAAGGAAUGUGGGAAGGCAUUUAUUACCAGUUCCAGCCUUCAUGAGCAUCAGAGACUUCAUACUGGAGAGAAACCUUUUGUGUGUGAGGAAUGUGGGAAGGCAUAUCGUUAUUCCUCAAGCCUUCAUAGUCAUAGGAGAGUUCAUACUGGAGAGAAACCUUAUAUCUGUAAGGAAUGCGGGAAGGCCUUCUCUGAAAUUCGGAAUCUGAAUACACAUAUGAAAAUUCAUAGUGGAGAGAAACCUCAUCAAUGUCAGACCUGUGGGAAAGCCUUCACUCUGCGCUCAGACCUUACUAAGCAUAUGAAAGUGCACACAGGAGUUAAAUCUUAUGUAUGUAAAGAGUGUGGGAAGGCCUUUGUGUUCUCCUCAAGCCUUAGUAAACAUCUUAAAAUUCAUAAAAGAUGACUUGAGGGGAUACACUGCCCCCCAGCCGGUCAAACUGUACUUGCAUGGUGAAUGCAUCAGCCACCUGAUGUUUCCUUCAGACUUUCUGAUGUCCCAGAAUUGUCACUCUGCCUCUGUCUGGACCUCAACAACUUGGGACCAUGUUUUCUGAGAAAUUAAAAGGCCAAAAGUUAGGGAUAUUAAAGCCAGGCCCGCAAAUCCCCUCUGGCUCAGCCUUAUAAGCUCAUUUAUCAGCCUUACUUCAGAUACUCAUAAAUAAAUUUCAAAAGAUAUCAAAAACAGGCCAUUUAAGUAAUUGAUUGUCAUGAAUUCAGAGACUCAAAUGAAUGUCCGAGGAGAGCAGCACACUGCAGAGAAGUCUCCCCACCCCGCACCAGGCUGCUUUCACCGGGGCAUCUCAGAGGGGUGCAUGUGUCCUUCCGCCUGCCCAGAUAAACCCCGGCAGCCGCAAACCUCCAGAACCUAGUCACUGCCAUGCUCAUGACUGACCUUCACAGGCUUGUUCCAAGCUUCCCACUCAUAAGGAUGAACCCGCUGAAAAACCCAAGUAUGCAGGACUAGUGACUGAAAACUCCAGGCUUCACGAAGUCAGGGACAGGCGACCUCUCCCCAUCUCCCUGCCCAACCAAUUUCCCAACCGAUUCCCUGGCAUCAUGCCAAAGAACUGCGUCUGGGUGCCAAUUAAGUGCAUUCACUGCCAGGAUUUAGAGACUCACAAAUGGUAAAUCUCGGAAGAGAGCAGCACAUCACAGAUAUGCCUCCGGAGCCCAAAUAUUUCACAAAACUUAUAAUUGCAGGACAUCUCCUAAUAUUGAUGGCAAGCAAUACAAAAUAAUUUAGCAUCUGCAAAAGGGGCAGGCUGUAGUGGUUGUAAGAUUCAUUGUAAUGGUGAUGUAAAGGUGCAAUGGUGGUGGGAUUGGUGUUGAAAUAUUGAAUGUAAACAAUUAGUGUGAACAAAUUUAUGAGAACUAUAUAUUUUUUUAAAGUAAUGCAGAGUUCAUGCCUGCUUCAGUCACCAAUCAAUGGCUGAAUAAAUACUAUUACUUUGACAUUUUAAAAAAAUGUA